ACAGGGCUUCCAGGGCACCGCGGGCCGAGAGCGUGUUCGGGGCAGGGCGGGGGCGCCCUGGCCGCUGGAGCGGCCGGUGCACUUGGGAUUCCAGAGGUCGGGUCUGCUGCGGCCCGCCGGUGCCCACCCGGAGGCCAGGGGUCUCUUAGUGCAAGGGAGCCAUGGACAGCGACAGGGAGUCAGCAGACCCCAGCACCCAGAGCUGUCCUGUGCUGCCCAUGUUCCACAGCUCUGUAGGGAAGCUGCACCAGCUGCUGGGCAAGGGAGAGUAUACGCUCCUGAAAGACGUCCCCACAUUUGAGAGUGACUUCAUACAGGUCAACAGACGGGGAGAGGUGAUCGACGUGCACAACACCGUGAACAUGGUGACGAUUGGCGUGGCCUACACUGGCCAGCACCUGCCAGGGCCCGAUGUCAUGCUGCUGGCUCAGCCAGCCACACAUUGUGUGGCCAGUGCCACUGAUGACUCCGAUACCCAGAGAACGGACUUCAAGGCAUCAGAGAGCUUGGAACUGACCAGGCUGCUUCCUUUGAAGUUUGUGAAGUUAUCCAUCUAUAAUCACGACAAAAAGCAAUUCCAGCUGAAGCUUGCCACAGGCCGCUCUUUCUACCUGCAGCUGUGUCCUCCUUCCAAUUCAAAGGAAGAUGUGUUUGCCUGCUGGGAGGACCUGGUGGGCCUACUGAGGCCCCCCAUGGAGGCGUACAGCGGGACCCAGGCCCAGCCUGCGGGUGACAUGGUCUCCAUACCCGGGCUGGAGGCGGAGGACAGGAGGAGCCCAUCUGCCAUGGAGCUCCACGGACAAGGGGAUCAAGAUCAGGUCAACGGCAGCAGCCUUUCUGUGCUCAGCGAUGUGUCCCUGGCUGCCUCCCUGGCCUACACAGGUGGGGAAGGAAACCGAGCACAGGCCUCGUACUGUCUGCGCAGGAACACGCCGUCUGUCCUUAGCCCAGCCCCUCCAAGGAUGGAUCGCAGGGUGGCCCCAGGGGCAGCAGGAACUCUGCAGGCUAGCAUGAAGGGGGCCACAGUUGGCGGCACAGACAGCAGGCCUGUUGGCAACACUGUGGACGGUUCGGACGCAGGACCCUCCAUCUGGGCCAGUCCCGAUGCAGGCAGCACAAGCAAACCAGAUGGACACCAGAGACUCUCGCCGGUUCAGGCCAAAGCCCCGAGGACGAGUAAGGACAAGGAGAGAAUGCCCACCGAAAGGCUUUACCUUCUUAGCAGAAUAUGGGAAAACGCAUCAUUCCUGAAGUCACAGGGAACCCCAUGGGGAGACAAAAGGGAGAAUCAGGGCAGCCUCAAGGAACGAGGGUGUGGUUCCCUGCUGCAGGAGUACAUAAGCCUCAGCCUCACCCAGAAAGGGUCCAGGUUAUCUCAAACACUGAGGAGGAGCUUGUCUAGGACAAGGUCAGGUAGGGUGCCAUAAUCCAGGGUUGGUUUCCUUGUCCCAGCCCAUCUUGUGCAGCUUCGUCUGGUCUCCGAGGCAACACACGUGAGCCAUUCAUGGAACUCAAGGAUAUCAACUAGUAUGGAUUUCAGAUGUCAACACCGUUCACCCACCCACUUCAAAAUAGGGAAACAUAAUUUUCUCAAAGUGGGUCAAUUUAUUCCUUUCUUGAAACAAUUAAAUGCCUAGUACAUGCCCUGUGAUAAUACCUGGUAUAUAUAAACAGUGGGGCAGAGUGGGGGUACAUGCCCAGAUGCAGUCUCACAGUGUGGAGACUGCUGGGGGAGUUCAGGACGCUCACAGCUCAGGGUCAUUGGACAGGAGAUGAAGGGGGCAGGAUCUGCUCAGGUAGUCAUGGGACACGACCUACAGAGAUGUAGGGCAUGAAGGAGGGACUUGUCCACACCUGUGCUUAGAAUGGCCACUGCCUGAGUAUGUAUGGGAAAACUGGAAUCAGAGAAACCCAUUGGGAGUCUGGCCACAUAGGGGAGAGACAGAUGAUAAAAGCCCUGAACAAUAUGGCACAUAGAGGGGACAUGAGCAUAGACCCCAGAGAACAUGGGAAGGAUUAGAUGAGUGAGGGAUAAUCAAGAAUAUGAAAUGACACAUCUUCUCCUGGGCACGGAGAUGGUGGUGCUGUUCAUACACGUGGGGGCAUAAAGAAGGAUGAGAGAAUGCACAAUUAAGUGACUUAGCCUUUGUAUCUCAAGGUGUUCUAGUUUGAUAGGACAGUAUCUGAUCAUUCAUCAUUUUCUUUUAAGAUUUAUGUAUUUGUUUUAGAGAGAGCAAUCAGGGAAGGGUAGAGUGACAGGGAGAGAGAGAACCCUAAGCAGAUUCCCCACUGAGCAUGGAGCCUGACGGUUCUCUGAUCUCAUGACCCUGAGAGUAGGACCUGAGCUGAAACCAAGAGUUGGAUUCUCAACCAACAGAACCACCCAGAUACCAGAUGAACCCCUGAUUCAUUAUUUUUUAAGUAAACAUUGACUUUGUGCCUACUAUGUGUCCGUUUCUUUGCUCUGGACAGGGUAGGGUGAGUGGGGUGUGCAGCCUGGUGAACCAAAGCCAUAGGGAGUGUGCAGUCUUUAUAGGGAGAUGAGCUGUGUUAAGGGUAGAAAGACUGCAGCUUGGGGCAGAAUAUGAGCGAUACUUUUCCAGUACCACAGCUUACAGGAAAAGAGGGAACAUCCAAGAGACAGUCUCUAGUCGAGUUUGGCUGCAAUGCAGCAUGGCCGGGAAGGAGAUGGUAAGAUUGUGAAAUGGGUGGGUCCAUAUUGCCACACCAGUCAAAUACCACACUUAGAAGUUUGUACUGGUUUGGGGGCCUUGUGGUUUUGUUUUUGUUCGUGUGUUUUUUUUGUUUGUUUGUUUGUUUUGUUUUUCGUUUUUGGCAACAAGUGAUAUGAUCAGUAGGCUUUUGAACCAGAAUCCAUGAGUGAAUUAAGUGAGGUUCAAAAUUAAGAAUCUCUUUCUUUCCUCAUUGUCUGUGGGAUAGCUUCAUGGUGUACCAUCCUUACUCAUUUCCAGGAUCCUGAAAUUGAGCUCUCCAUAUGGUUUUCUGUUCAGACCUUCAAGCUCUCUAUAAUGCACAGACUGCAUUACAAGUGUCUGAAAGUCCAAGUUUCAGUGAAACAGGCUCUUUCUAAUAAAUGAUAAAGCCCACAGUAGGUCAGGUAGGAGCAGAGUGGAGGUCGGUAGUGGAGGAGGCUCUCAUGCUGUCAGCAGAGUGUGCUGAGGACAUCACUGGUACCCUAGCAUUUGUGACCAGGGAGGACAUCUAUAGCCAUAAAAGACCAUUACAAGAGACUGGUCAUGGGUAGCAAGCUACUUCUGGAGAGCUUCCUUUUCGCAUUGAAUAAGAGGAGUUGUCAUGCAGUCAGCAGAGUGUGCUGAGGAAAUCACCAGUACCUUAGCAUCUGUGGCCAAGGAGGCCAUCUAUAGCUGUGGAAGACCCAUUACAAAAGACUGGGCAUGGGGAGCAAGCUACUUCCGGAGAGCUUCCUUUUUGCGUUGGAUAAAUAAGACUUGCCUUUUCACAAUAAAACACUAUUGUUUCUUUCAUUUACAUGUUCCAUGGAAAUGACCUCAGAAAAUUUUGUGACAUCAGGUAAGCUGUCGCCUGAGACCCUAGCUUCCUUCCCAGCUCUGCUCACACCUUUGCUCAACGGAGCCAAUGGGAGUGGUGCCUCUUGCCUUAAGCCCUGUCUGCCUUUGGUUCCUUGGGCUGUCCUCAAAGUCACACUCUGUUGGCUCGGAGGCACUCCAUUUCUCCAUCCUCUUUCCCUUCCCUCUGAAGGUCAACUAUCAGAGAUGUUACAUCCAUUAGAUUAAGGAGGGAUGGGACUUGUGUCCACUCAGGAUAUUCAUGGGCCGGGGAGGAAGAGAACAGCUACAUCUUUCAGUAAGAAGAAGAAAAACGACCAUCUGGAGUGAGCAAUUUCACAUCCAGGUCAAUACCCUGAGGAAACUCCUACUUGUGUUGCAGAAGAAAUCUGAGAAUUCUGGAACAAAGCACAGGAAAUAGAUCCCAUGUUCAUCAAAUGAAGGAUUGAUAAGUUGGGGUAUAUAUGUACAGGGGGGUACUGCACCAUAUGGGCAGCUAUGCACAUUGGCAGGGAUGAAUGGCACUGUGGAAUAAAAAAAGAAACAAGUCAAAAAUGAGAAUUUCAUUUACAGAAUGGCUUGAAAAUGAGAGAAAAUGAGAUAUGACUGCAUAUUUGGUUGUUUCUCUUGAGAAAGUUAUCUCUGUGGUGCAAAAGAGGCAUCCUGAGAAAUAUACAUGAGAGACCUAACAAUGAUGGAAAUUGUCCGGUCUCGUAAAUAAGGUUUUGGAUAGACAAAUAUUUAAUUUUCAUAUUUUAACAUUUCUGAAAGGAUGAUCUCUAGGUGACAUUUGUUAUCAUUGCCUUAGAAAUAAAUGAUUUAUUUUAGCAGCUUUGGUUUUCAUGUAGUUACAAAAGUAAUAUGUGUCAAAAAUUAGACUGAAGGAUAACUUUUAAUGAGUAUGGAAUACAAAUCAGUAACAAAUCAUUGUAUUAGUUGGCAACAUUUUUUCUUUGUUAUGAUGUAUAAAAUAAUAUCUUUGGAACUGAUAGUAUUAUCCUUCAAGUGAAAUACUGAUUUUUGCUUUAAUCUAUACAUGUAUGAUAUACACACACACACACACACACACACACACACACAUAUAUAUAUACACUUUAUUGCAUAUAUAUAUAUUUUAUGGUAAAGAAUCUGUUGUCUGUCUUCCUACCUUCAUCUUUGUAAAGAUACAGAUAACUUUAAUUUAGGACCACAGGACUGGGAAAUAUGAGGAAUUGAGGCAAAGACUACUAGUUCACCACUCAUUGUCCAUUCUUACUUUCCCUAUUAAUGACCUUAAUUUAAUUGGGAACAAGACUCCCCAUGUCCACAAUAGCCUUGGCUUCUUACUGCCUGAGGACAAUUAGAGAAGGAUGCAUAAUUUAUUAAUAUUACUGGUAGAUGUACCACUUUGUUGAGAUGAACAUCUUCAUUUUCCAUGAGGUUUUAAAAUUAUAUAUAUGUUUUUAAAUUAUAUUUUAAUGACCUAUGUUAGCUAUCUUUUUUUUUUUUUUUUUUUUGGAGAUGUUAAGAUUUUCCAUUUCCUUUUAUUUGUCAGACACUGUGGCAUUAUAUUCUGGUUAACGGAGUAAUAUGGGACUCCAGAUCUUGAAUACAUCCUAUGGAUAAAGCUGAUUUUUGGGUUUUUAUAUGACCUGGAUGGGUUCAGCCAUAGGUCCUACCUGCCCCCUGUUGGUUUUCCUUUGCACAUCAAUGUGAUUUAAAAAUAUUUCUGGUGUGAUUAUUAUCUAUCCCACACAGGCAUUAGUGUGGAUGAUUUGGAGUGUCUGUGGCAGUUUAAUGCACACUUUUGUCCUCAAAGAUUUGGAUAUACUCUUUACUUUUAGAUUCAGGCAUCUGCAGCCUGUAUAGGAGCUUAGUUUAUAUACAAAUUCAUGGGAUUGCUUGUGUAUCUCAGCUAUGUCUGCAACAUUUUUAUGUUCCAAGGGGGCCUUUUCCUUGUCUUCUUACUAGUCAUUGGGACUUAGUUACCUUGCUCUUAUGGGCACUUCCCACAACUAUGUCUGUCUCCCUGAAUGAAAGACCAACAGGAUGCUUGCUUCCCAUAUGAUUGGGAUCAGAGAGCCUGUAGUCAAAGAGAAGUGUUCUGCUUGGAUCCCAUUUUAUGUGCACUGUUGGCACUGGUGCUACAGGAUCGCCUAGGCUCUGGGACAGAACAGAAAAAAAGAGAGAAAGAAUUUCCACCACUCACUCUAACCUGAAAAGUACUGUAUUUUACUUCUCCAUACAGAAGUGCAUAGCUUCUCUUAGACUUCUGUCUGUCAGUUGUCAAUGUGAAGUUCUGGGUUUCAGGCUUAUUUUGAGUACAGGCUAAGAGAAA